GCGGGUGAUGGCGGUGUAAAUAACGCAGAGAACGGUUGAACCGCUGCACAGAAUAAACCGUAUAAAUUAAAACUAUAACUAAACAGAGUUUGCUUUCAGGACUAGGUGGAUUCCUCUUCACUGGUCAACCUCAUAAGACUCCACUGGUUCACGUCUUUGUGGUGUUUAGCCGCUGGUUCCGGCUAACUUUUAGCCAAGUUUGCUAAGUUAAGUAAAAGUAAUAUUUGUACAAAUGGACUGCGUCGUGACAGGAGGAAACGUCAAAGUGCUGGCCAAAGCCAUCCAUUCUCUGUCCCGGAUCGGUGAUGAGCUGUAUGUGGAGCCUCAGGAAGAUGGGCUGUCCCUGCGGUCUGUCAACUCUUCUCGGUCGGCAUAUGCUUGCUUCCUGUUCGCACCACUCUUCUUCAGCAGGUACACCAUCCCCAGUGGGCACACCUUCCGCUGCAAGAUGGCAAUAAAGAGUGUGCAGGCCGUAUUUAGGUCUCUAGCGUCUCUGGAGAAGACAGUGGAAAAGUGUGACAUUGUUCUGGACGAGCAGAAGAACCGCUUAACCUUCACCCUGCACUGCAAACACGGCCUCCUGAAGACACAUAACCUGUCUUUCCAGGACAGUGAAAGCUUACAGGCAGUGUUUGAUAAGGACAGCUAUGCCAAUGUAUUCAGAUCCCAUCCCAGGCUGCUGGUGGACACAGUUGUGCACUUCCCUCCUUCUCUGGAAGAAGUGACUGUGUCAGUGAGUGAUGAGCGGAUGUGGGUCAGGAACCAUGUGGAGGAAGAAGACCAGUCCAAGGCCAUGCUGACAGAGCUGUGUCUGGCUUCAGAUGAGUUUGACCAUUUUGCCGUCCGAAUCCACAACAGCGUUACGUUUUGUCUGAAGGAGUUACGGGGUUUGUUAGUGUUUGCAGAAUCUACUGGUCUCCCUAUUUCUAUGUACUUUGAUGAACCGGGCAGCCCUGUAGUGCUUUCAGUAACGGACAGUGUCCUGGAGGGGAACUUUGUGCUGGCCACACUUUCUGACGACCCCAACCACCGUAAAAACAACUCUAGACGAGCACUCACACCUCCGCCCCCUGCUGAUGACUUCAUGAAUGACGACAUAGACUCCUACCUCAUCGCCAUGGAUACCAGUAUGGCACCAGGUCCCUCGGCUACAGGUCCGCCCACACCCCCAUUAGCUGAUUCCACAUGUUCAAAACAGCCUGCCGCAGCCAAUAACAGGACGAGGCUACACAGUGAGGAGGAGGAAGAGGAAGAUGACACGGCUGAUUCAUCCAAACCACCUAACAAGAAGUUCUGUUCCCUGUUCUUUGGAUCUGUGAUUCCUCCAUCUCCUCAGAUGAGCACUCAACCAGUGACAAAUCAGGAAGUGUUGGCCAGUGACAGUGAGGAUGAUGUAUAAUGAAGCAGAGUGACAGUGGACUGACCUGAAAGCUUGUACAAGUGUUGUACAGGAUUAUUUUUUUUUUUUACAUGGACAAAAAUAUGCAAAUAUAGUGUACAGUACAGAACAGGAACUGCUACUGUUUUCAAACUUUUUACUGGACUAUAAUGUGAAUGGUGGACUUAAAAAUAUGGGAUUAUGUGAAACUGGACAUGAAGCACUUAUUUUUGGUUCAGAGCCUGUUCGGUUUGUGGUCAAGGUGCAACAAAAAAGCUACUCUAAAUAAAAGAAAGAUAUCUUUCAAAAGUA